CUCUGAGGGUUGCUAAGAGCAUGCAUCUCCAGUUAGAUAUAGAGACUGAAGCUACUCACCAUGCAAAUCUCCCUGUACUUCUCAAGUUCUAUGAUGUUGUUUAUAAAACUAAGCCAGAGAAAGAGAGAUUCAAGAACACAAAGGUGGAAGGAAAAACAAUACUGAAAGGUGUUUCAGGCAUUGUUCAACCAGGUGAAAUUCUAGCCAUGUUAGGCCCAUCCGGGAGCGGCAAAACAACUCUCCUAACAGCAUUAGGAGGCAGACUUGGAGGAAAACUCUCCGGAAACAUAACUUACAAUGGCAAAACUUUCUCGAAUGCAAUGAAGCGUCUUACCGGCUUUGUUACUCAAGAUGAUGUUCUGUAUCCUCAUCUAACUGUCACCGAGACUCUAAUCUUCACCGCGCGUCUUAGAUUGCCAAGUAGUAGGUUCACCAAAGAAGAAAAAAUAAUGCAAGCAAAAAAUGUGAUAGAUCAACUAGGCUUAACCGAAUGCAAAGAUAGCAUGAUUGGAGGGCCAUGUUUGAGAGGUGUUUCUGGGGGAGAGAGGAAAAGGGUUAGUAUUGGGCAAGAAAUGUUAAUAAAUCCAAGCUUGUUGCUUUUGGAUGAACCAACCUCUGGAUUAGAUUCGACGACGGCACAAAAAAUUGUAUCAACUUUGUCUGAGCUAGCAAGUGAUGGAGAGAAAACUAUUGUGAUGACAAUACACCAACCUUCUAGUAGGAUAUACUACUUGUUUCACAAGGUCUUACUCUUAUCAGAAGGGAACCUUAUGUAUUUUGGAAUGGGUUCAGAAGCUGUUAAAUACUUCUCAAGCAUUGACUAUGCUCCUUCUAUGGACAUGAAUCCUUCUGACUUCCUACUUGAUCUUGCAAACGGUAUAUACACCGGUCAACCGAAUGAGGACCAUACCUUAAACAAGAAGAAACUGAUUUCUUCCUACAAGGAACACUUUAGUGACACAAUAGAACCAAUGUUUCAUGAAAAGUGUGACUUUGAUAAAAAUGAAGAUAGAUUUGAAGAUGAAAAAAGCUUUGGGACUUGGCCUACCAGCUGGUGGCAGCAAUUCUUUCUGCUGCUAAGAAGAGAUGUCAAAGAGAGAAGACAUGAAUCAUUCUCUUGCAUUCUAAUUUUUGAAGUUAUUGCAGCUGCCAUUAUUACAGGGCUAGUUUGGUACAAGUCUGAUAUUUCUCACUUGCAGGAUCAGCUUGGACUUUUAUACAACAUGAUUAACUUCUGGUUCGCCUUCCCUCUCUACCGAGCAAUAUUCACCUUUCCCCAAGAAAGACCAAUGUUGGAGAAAGAAAGAUCCUCUGGUAUGUACAGACUCUCCUCAUACUUAAUGGCAAAGUCGGUGGCGGAUCUUCCAAUUGAGCUUGUCCUUCCAACUGCAUACCUCAUCAUAACCUAUUGGAUGACAGGUCUGAAAGUGAAUGCAGUUAACUUCUUGUGCACGCUAUCUACCGUCUUACUCCACGUGUUAGUCGCACAAGGGGUCGGCCUUGCCAUCGGCGCCAUUGUGAUGGAUAUGAAAUCUGUGACCACAUUGGCUGCAAUAAUCAUGCUAAUUUUCAUGCUAUCAGCUGGAUACUUUGUUCAACAUUUACCAAAAUUUAUAGCAUGGUUGAAGUAUAUUUCCCCAAGUUACUACACAUACCUGCUAUUGAUAGGAUCUCAGUAUAAAUCUAGUGAGACAUACCCAUGCUCUAACAAUAAUGGUGAGUGUUCAGUUGCAGAAUUUCCUAUGAUAAGAACACAAAUGGUGCUUGAUAUGAAAGAGCAAGCCAUGGCUGCAUUGGCUCUAGUUAUAAUGCUUAUAGGUUAUAGAAUUGUGGCUUAUAUUGCACUAUUGAGGAUUGGAGUGACAAAGAACAAGGCUUAA